UGAAUUUUAUCAAAUUUAAAAAUAAGCCGCUGGAUUUGGUAGAGUUUGGUGAAAACUACUCUUUUUCUUCAUUUUUCACCAAACCCUACCAAAACCAGCGGCUUAUUUUUAAAUUCGAUAAAAUUCAACACUAGUUUCGGAUGAAACAGAUAAAACUGGUUAUGUCUGCCACAAAAGUUUGCUAAAGUUUAGGGUUUUAAAUAUCAAAAAUAUGCAACCUUUGAGAGAUAGUCGCAGGAUUUGGUGCAUCCUUAGUCAUAGGGAGCUCGGUAAACUCGAUGUUAUGCUAAAGUGCUCUUACUUGAUUUCUAUUUCGAGUUAUUCUAAAUAAUAGGCGACGCCACUGUUGUACUUUUUCUAUAGUACGCAUAAUCUACCAAGGAAAUGUCUUUUGUACCUAAAAUAGAGCUUUUUCAUAAAAUAUUGUCUAUCAAUGCAUCUAAAAUAAUCAGAUCAUCUCAAAAUGAGCUUCUAGUAUACCGGAUGAAAGAUAAACAUUAUUUCGUUGAGCAUACUCUGGAAAUAACUGAUAAAACAGAAUAGGAGUACAGUAAUCUCUAAUAGUGAGAAAAUGCACCUAUGGAUUAUACCUUACAUAAAAAAUAAUGAUGUAUGAUUAUAACAGAUCACCAAUAAACUUCUUAGAGUAGUACAUGCAUUCUUUUUUUUUUGUAUCGAAUUUUAGGAAAAUACACAGCUAUGAAAUAUAAUGUUUCAUAGGGCAUUGAUUUUAAUUUUUUUCUUAGAGACCCACUGGACGCUCGCGACUGAUUAAUGAGAUAAUUAAAAAUAUAAAUUAGAGUUAGAUUAAAGAUAAAAUAUAUACUUUGUCUCAUCUGUACAUGGAAUUUCUCUGUCUGCAGUUGAUCAGUUAUGGCAAAAUCUUAUGCUUGAUACGUGUUAUUACCUGAUCAUAUACAAUAUGUUGACGAUGAUGAGCAACAUAUGAUCUCAUACAUUAUAUUAGUGUAGUAAUGAGUAAUAGAAUGAGCAUAUUACAAAACGAAAGCAAAUGAUAUCAUUUUCUUUCUUCUUUUCUUUCACUUUAGAAAAAUUGUUAUCUACCUACUAAUAUGCUAUGAAAUUCUUAUAUGUUGCAUUGUUAUUUCUUUCUGACGUGUAAGUUUAGCCAGUACCACGUUUAUUCUUUCUGUGAUUAAUUACAGAUCACUACAUAAAACAAGUAUUCAAGAACUCAACAGCACAAAUAGUCUGCUUAUGGCAAGUCCCUUUUACUCACAAAAUAACCUUAAAAUUUUUCUAUUUAUUUGUAUGUCUCAUUAUAAAACAAAAAAACCUUAUCAUGCAUACAACAUGGGAAAAAAUAGACAGUUAACAUCUUUUAUUUUAGGCAAAUAGUGGUAAACCGUCAGAACAAAAGAAAGAAUACUCGUUCAAAGUUUUAGUCAUUGGAGAAUUAGCCACUGGCAAAACUGCUCUUGUAAAACGUUAUGUACAUAAUUUUUUCUCUGAGCACUACAGAGCCACGGUAUCCUUUUAAUAAUAGAGUAAAUGAAAGCUUUUGUUCAUUUUUGAGUUCCAUUAUAUAAGCUUUAACUUAAAAAUUAGAUUGGCGUAGAUUUUGCAUUGAAAAUUAUUAAAUACAAUGAAGACACUACAAUUCGUCUUCAAUUAUGGGAUAUUGCAGGACAGGAAAGAUUUGGUAAUAUGACUCGGGUUUAUUACAAAGAAGCUGUUGCAUGUUUAAUUGUUUUUGAUGUUACACGUUCAUCUACAUUCGACGCUAUUAUGAAAUGGAAAACCGAUCUCGAUAUUAAAGUACAAUUACCGGAUGGCAAUCCGGUUCCUUGUGUUCUAUUAGCGAAUAAAUGUGAUUUAGCAAAAGAAGGUCUUGUUAAUGAUGAGACCAAAAUGGAUGAAUUUUGUCGUGAAAAAGGAUUUUGUAAAUGGUUUGAGACAUCAGCUAAAGAAAAUAUAAACAUAGAAGCAUCAGCAAAGUAUUUGAUUGACGAAAUAAUGAAACAUCAAGAUGAAAUUACACAAAAACCAAAGAAAGCAGAUGAUUUAGUCGAUAUCGAAAAAAAUCGAAGUCAUGAUAAAAAAAGAGGCUGUUGCAACAGAAAGUGA